AUGUUGAACCUUCAAAAACGGAUCAAUGGUGUAGAUGAGGAAAAAACAUAUUUGGGUACGCGCAUAUCAAUUCGCGACAAAUUAUUGUCGCAAGAAAUCAAAGAGCUUGAAUCAAGUCUAAAAAAAGUGCCUUCUUGUAAGUUGCAUUUUCCAUCAACAUCUGCAUUACAUAAUAUGGAACUCACCGUUUCACCAGUUGAAGGAAUUUAUAAAGGUGGAAUAUUCAAAUUUACUAUAGCAGUACCACCUGAAUACAACAAUGUACCACCUGUGGUAAAAUGUUUAACACGCGUGUGGCAUCCAAACAUAACUGAGGAAGGCUCUAUAUGCUUGUCAUUAUUGCGACAAAAUAGUCUUGAUGGUUAUGGAUGGAUGCCAACUCGUAGAUUAAUUGAUGUUGUACUUGGUCUGGAUAGUCUUUUCACUGAUCUGAUCGACUUUGAUGAUGCCCUCAAUGCAACAGCCGCUCAGCAGUGGUCCACCAAUAAGGAAGCAUACAUUGCGAAAGUACGCGAUUACAUCGUGCGUUUUUGUCGGUGA